CACAUGGAAGUCAGGGUUCGGUAUAAAAGUCAGUGUCCCGCACAGCUGAGACACAGGGACGUGAAUCACUGCCGCGACCGCCAUGCUCUUGUUCAUCAGUUGUCUUGCCCUCGUGGCUUCUGCUCUGGGGUGUGGAGCGCCCUCUAUCAAACCCCAGGUGAGCGGAUACAACAAGAUUGUAAAUGGGGAGACUGCUGUGUCCGGGUCCUGGCCCUGGCAGGUUUCACUUCAGGAUGGCAGAGGAUUCCACUUCUGUGGAGGAUCCUUGAUCAGCCCGUACUGGGUCGUCACUGCUGCUCACUGCACUGUGUCUCCUAGAAACCACCGCGUUAUCCUGGGAGAACAUGAUCGUCAAUACAACAGUGAGCAAAUUCAGGUCAAGUCCAUUGCCAGGGCCAUCACUCACCCCUACUACAACUCCCAGAACUUCAACAAUGACAUCACCCUUCUGAGGCUGUCCUCCCCAGUGCAGAUGACAUCCCGUGUGGCCCCCGUGUGCCUGGCCUCCUCCAGCACCAACAUCCCUUCUGGAACCAAGUGUGUCACCACAGGAUGGGGCAAGACUGGUCAAACCUCAAGCCCCCGCUAUCUCCAGCAGACUUCCCUGCCCCUGCUCAGCCCCACUCAGUGCAAACAGCACUGGGGUUAUAACAGAAUCACUGAUGCCAUGAUCUGUGCUGGUGCUUCUGGAGUGUCGUCCUGUCAGGGCGACUCUGGUGGACCCCUGGUUUGUCAGAACAGUGGCACGUGGUCCCUUGUGGGUAUCGUCUCCUGGGGGACCUCCAACUGCAACGUGCGCACGCCUGCCGUGUACGCCCGUGUGUCCUACCUGCGCAGCUGGAUCGACCAGACCGUUGCUUCCAACUAAAGCCAUCGUUCAACACUUCUGCUCCUCUCUGUGAAGAGUUAUUCUUCACAGAAUUGAUGAGCUAACACAGGGAAUUUACAACUGUAGAAUUUGAAUGGCAGCAUAAAAAUUCACUGCACUUGUGAGAAACCAGGUUGAAAAUAUAACUUUAAAAACUAAAGUUGGUUUCAGGUUGUUUUUCAUGUGCAAAUUGUGUGUUUAAUUCAUGUUGUGGGGACUUAAAUAGGUUUGCAUUAUGGGGACUAGAAUUCAAGUCCCCAAAAGGCAAAUCAUUUAAUUUUCAACGGAAGGCAAGUCCUUAGGGUAAGGGUUAGGCUUCAGCAAGUGGGGUUAGGGUUAAGGUUAAAGUAAGUUCAGAAAAUCAAUGUAAGUCAAUGUAAUGUCAUCUGAAAUCAAGGAGAUACAACUGUGUGUUUGUGUGUUGAUAUGUCCAUGUGAAUAAAUGAGACAGCAUGUCAAUUUAAAGAU